AUGACUUCUGUACAUUCGCCGGGUCCAUCAAUGCAAGUGUACAGCACCGAAGUCACCUCAUUUUCCCUUCCCUACGCUUUUUUGUUCAUUUUCGGAACGGCUGGCAACGUCGCUGUGCUCACUUAUGUUUUCUUUGUGACAAGAUCCUUACGAUCCUCAGUGACUGCUUUGGGAAACACAUUCGUCUACAUGGUCGUUUUGUCGGGAGUCGAUCUUUUGGUCACGAUGUCAAUUCCAUUUCAUUUAUCAGUGAUGGUGCUAGAGAAUUGGAUUUUCGGGCAACUCGCUUGCAAAAUCUACUUUCUUUUGGAGCUUUCGAAUAAGAUCUGUUCCUCUUUCAUCCUAACAGCUCUAGCUUUUGAUCGAUACAUGGCGAUAUGUCAUCCGGAAAUGAAACGGGUUCACCAAAUGCGUCAAACGGCAGCCAUUGUGACUGGGAUGAUCUGUAUCUCGACAAUCCUAAUUGCGCCCGUUGUCUUCUCAGCUUAUGUAAAAGAAUUUCACUCUGACGACAUUUUCACGAGGAUCUUAGAAAAGAAACCAAAAGCUGAGACGAUCACCUAUCCAAUCGUGAAACAAAUGUGCGUUGACGGGUUGAGUAUCACGAUGAAAUUCUGGUUUCUAUGCGCCAUGGUUGUCGUUGCAUUUCUGCUCCCAUGCACUUUACUCACAUAUUUCUACGUGAGAAUCAUUUUGAGGUUGAGGCGACAGAUACGCACAAUGUUACAAUCAAGAAUCCCCAUUAAACGGAUCACGAUUUACACACUGGUUGUCACGUUGUUCUACUUGGCAUGCCAGAUUCCCUACUGGUUACCGCAAAUCUAUUUGAUCUUCGCGAAAAUCUUUCGUCUUUCUCUCAGUCGUGACUUCAUCAAGAUCACCUAUGUGGCCCAUAUGCUUCCCUUCUUGGCAGCGGCGUUCAAUUGGAUUUUCUAUGCCCAACUGAAUAGUCAAUUCAAAAAAGGACUCAUUUUGGUCACCGAGCGAAUGCACAGGAAAAUGACAAGAACGGGUACAAAGCGAGUAGCUGACACGAUGGACGAGUUGUGUAUCGAGAUGAUGUCGAGGAGUGAGGAGGCGCCGAAUUGCGUUUGCCCAAACUGUGAGCACCCGCUGUCGAUCAAGGUUCAAAAGAUCAGCACCUCAGUGAACGGGAAUAACGCAAGCCACGUG